GGGACUCUGUCGUCGCGCGCGUCACAUACCUAGUUUUUCAGCGGUCAUCGGUUAACAACAAGAGAUAAAUACGUUGCUAUUACAGUUCAGUUGAUUUUGUUGUUGAUAGAGUUGGUAGAGAGAGGUUGAUAGUUCGGAUGAGCCAGCAUUGAGUUAAACAAUGAGGGUUAGAUGAGACAUGGGAGUCAAUAUGCUUGUGCCAUCGGAUUUCUCCACCGUCCAGACGGACAUGAUAUAUCAGAUGAAUAAGUACCAUGGGGAGCGAGUUCAGAUGAGGAUGGCGCAAAUACAGAAGACAACGCGUGAAGUAUGUAAAGUCGUUCAGGAUGUGCUGAAAGAGGUGGAAGUGCAGGAGCCAAGAUUCAUAUCAUCUUUGACCGAGUGCAAUGGUAGAUACGAGGGACUUGAGGUUAUAUCACCCGGUGAAUUCGAGGUGGUCUUGUAUCUGAAUCAGAUGGGUGUUUUCAAUUUUGUUGAUGAUGGCACCCUGCCGGGUUGUGCGGUGCUCAAGCUGAGCGACGGAAGGAAACGCUCCAUGUCGCUGUGGGUGGAGUUUAUCACUGCCUCUGGCUAUCUCAGUGCCAGGAAAAUUCGAUCUAGAUUUCAGACGCUAGUUGCUCAAGCUUGCGACAAGUGUGCGUACAGGGACUGUGUCAAGAUGAUUGCUGAUACAACUGAGGUGAAACUCAGGAUUAGAGAGAGGUUCAUUGUUCAGAUCACACCGGCUUUUAAGUGUUCAGGUGUCUGGCCGAGAUCUGCUGCUUACUGGCCAGCUUCGGGGGGUCCUUGGCCGCAUUCGGGGUUAAUCGCUGAAGUCAAAACGGGUGGGUUUGAUCUACUGUCGAAAGAGUGUUUGGCUCUCCAGGGAAAACAAUCAGCGAUGGAGGGGGAUGCCUGGGUGUUGUCCUUCAAGGAAGCUGAAACGAGAUUGCUUCAGGGUGGUUGUCGCAAGCGCUGUCUCAGCAUCCUCAAGACUCUUCGUGAUCGACAUCUCGACCUCCCUGGCAAUCCCAUCACCAGCUAUCACAUGAAGACUCUUCUUCUUUAUGAGUGCGAAAAACAUCCCCUGGAAGCCGAAUGGGAGGCCAGUUGUCUAGCCAAUCGCAUUAUCGGUAUUUUCCUUCAACUUAUAUCCUGUUUACAAUGUCGCAGAUGUCCGCACUACUUUCUGCCGAAUCUCGAUCUAUUCAAGGGAAAGUCACCAAAUGGAUUAGAGUCCGCAGCUAAACAAGUCUGGAGACUCUCACGAGAAUUGCUUACCAACAGCCGCGCACUCGAGAAACUCUAGCCAAUAAUUUGACAUAUUAUGUCCAAUUAGCGUUUAUCGUCACAGCAAAGUACUACACUCGCUCAUUUGCCAGGAGUUUUCCUCUUUCAUUAUUGCCUCUUUAAAUUGAGUUAAAUUUUGUUAUUAUAGAAUUCAAUCUGUGAGCUAAUGAAUUCAAUUUCACUCACAGACAGAUUCAAUGUGAUUUGUUACUGAAAUUUGAUCUUGUUAAUAAUUAUUAUGAACUUCACAUGGACAAUAUAUUUUUAUCGUUGUUGAAUGUAAAUAUCUUC